AUGUGCCGUGAGAAGAGCACCAAAUUCCAUAUUCUCUUGCUCAAGUCCUCUCUCACCCAGUUACCUUCCCACGCUCACAAAAGUUUCAUUCUUCCCCUUUUCCCUGAAAUGGGCUUUGAUCACCAUGUCAUCUGUGGUCAAAGACUUGGCUUCCUUUGCAUUUGUUUUUCUUUUCUGAUUAUUUCAAGCUGGAUCCAGAAGGGGUUGGUUAUUGAAGGUAGAAAGACUAAAAGACUAAGUGAUUUUCAUCAGACAGUUAGUGACGAUAAAAUUAUAGUGAGGCCAAGAAUAGGGUCGAGGCCACCAAAAUGUGAGAGAAGGUGCAGAUCAUGUGAGCACUGUGAGGCAAUUCAGGUGCCCACAAACCCCCAAGCGCAGAACGGAAAGAAAAACUCCCCCAAGUUUUCUUCAAUUGCAUAUGCCAGGGUUGGUGGCAGUUCCAACUACAAGCCCAUGAGUUGGAAGUGCAAAUGUGGGAACCUUAUUUUCAACCCCUGA